CACGGUCCAUGGUGCUGGUUGGAGUGGAGUGGAGCUGACCAAAGCCUUGGGUUUGGCCCCUAGUUGAAACCAGCAGUUCUCGUCCGUGGCAGAAACACCAGCGACACAAGUUGGGAGCCUGGGUUGACUGUUGGCGGGAUCUUGGGACACAGCAGCUGGGUGGUGCACUGUGUCGGCUAGCUCAGCGCUAGUAGUGGUGGUUUGAGCUUUGCCAAGGAGGAUCGUGUCAAGUUUGCGUUCAGCCCCCUGGAUUUGGUAUAGCGUGGAUAUCCUUUGUUCCAGCUCGAUCACUCUUUGGCUCAGGUUGAUGCAGCUUUCACAACUGGAUGUUGAGGUAAGUGGUGCCAUUCCGAAAUCUCGUACCGGAGACAGCGUCAAAAACAAAACUGCCACUUUAGCUUACGUUUAGCUAGUUGUGGCAGUUGCUAGUGAUUAGCUAGUUUUUUUUUUGCAGCUAUGUGAUGUAAACUGUUGGCUAACCAGUGUCAAAAAUAUCGAUAUCAGGAAAUAACACCUCUUUUCCACUUACUCGGUUCGGCGCGACUCGCAACAGUCACAAACAAAAUCACAGCCGCAGCGUCACGUCACGUCACGAUGGCGUGUGAUGGCGUGUGAAUUUAAACAUAUCAUGUUUAACCUCAGAGCGAAAGACUGUGUGGGGUUUGAAAACGAUGUGCUGGGAGUCCGGUGUUGUCGCCGCCUCUAGUGAGCCUUGACCACCCAGUCAGCUAUCGAGCUGAGCUGAGCUCAGAAAUAAUCCACAUCCUUUCAUGCAAUGGAGGAAAUUUAUGUCAAUGAACGAUAUGUCAAACCUGCCAACAAGCCAUCUACAAAAAAACCCACAGCUCCAAGAAGCUACAAGACAAGCUUUUAUUUAGUUGUCAUUCUCUCGUUGGGCCUGCUGGCUGGACUUCUCACUCUUGCUUUCUACUACAAAAACUCCUUACAAGAUUCAGCUGAAUAUCUCUCAAUGAGUAACAAACUUUCCUCAAUAACCGAGGAGAGAGACCUUCUUAAUGCAAAUGUCUCUGUAGUGAGUAACCAACUUUCUUCUAUGACUGAGGAGAGAGACCUGCUGAAGGCCAACCUCACUGAAAUGACCAAAGAGAUGGAGAGACUGCAGCGUUUGUUCAACCAGAACAAAGCAUGCCCUGCAGGAUGGAGCAAGUUCAGCUGUAGCUGCUAUCUCCUCUCUGAAAGGUCUGCUUCCUGGGAUGUAGCCAGAAAGAACUGCAGAGACAGAGGAGCAGAUCUGAUGGUUAUUGACACUCCUGAAGAACAGAUGAUCCUCUCUGUAAUCAUCACAGAAGACGCUUGGAUUGGUUUGAAUGACAAAGAAAAGGAGGGAACAUGGAAAUGGGUCGAUGGAACGCCACUGACUCUCAGGUACUGGGCAGGAGACCAACCUGAUAAUGGUGGUGGACUGGAAGACUGUGCUCAUAUCAUAAAUAAUAAUAAAAAGUCCUGGAAUGAUCUUCCAUGUUCAACUUCUCUAAAGUGGAUCUGUGAAAAAAUACCAUAAAAUCAAUGUACAGUUUCUCAGAAAUGAUAUAAUCAAAAAAUGUUUUACGGUUUUAGUUGUGAUUGUAAUUCCACAUUAUAACUUUGAUAUGCUCUGUCAUGAUGAGGCAUUUUGUUGUAGCUUUUUUAUAAGUCAGUGGAAAUCAAACACAAGCACGGCUAAGCAUAAGCGGUUAAUUUUUGAUAUUUCUAUUUGAAAUUAUUUGAUUUUUAAUGUAAUUUUCUUCUUCUGGUAGUUUUUCUUUAUCUAUUGUGGUAUUAUUUUAAUUAAGUCUUUUAUUUCUUUUCCUUCUUCUUCAUAGUUGUUUUACUCAGUUUCAGUUCACGAUCAUAUAUUUUGCUUCAUAUCACAUUGUAUUACCUCAUAAUAGAGGUAGUUUUUUUUCCUGCAGUGUUUCUUUAUGUUCCUCCCUCUGUCUCAUUUCUGUGUUGUUGAGUGUUAGUAUUCAUUAGGGUUAGUUGUCUUUUGCAUAUUUCCUCUUUUCCAUUUGUUUCCUGCGUUUGUAUUACUUCCUGCUUCAGUUUUUCCCUCAUUACUUUCAUUGUUAUGUUUUUGAUGGUGUUUGAGUGACCUUGUACGUGUCAUUCUGUCUUACAAUAAACUCCAAAAACAAAAGAUCUAAAGUGCUCUUCUGGGAAUUAAUUGAGAUAUAGACUUUAUUAAGAUAGUUAUCUUAUGAUGAAAAGACCAAAAAG